AAAAUGGUUUUCACUUAUAGUGCCAAUUUAGCAACUCUUUAAAGUAGAGGGCUGUGGGGUGUAAAUUUUGCCAUAGAAAAUAAAGCCGCCCUCCUAUAAACAGAAGUUUGAAAGAUGAGAAAAACCCACAAGCUGAAACAAACACCUUUUUCUUUGUCUCUGUGAACUUGUUUCUUUUACUGAAAUUAAAGCAAACUUUCAUGAAAAGCUUCCAUUUUUAUGUUAUUUUCAUCCAUGUCGUCUGAUAUUAGUUAAAAUAGAAAAACACCCAUCAAAGAUUUCUUGGUGAUUGAUUGAUUGAUUGAUUGAUCACAUUGAAUUGGGUUCAAGAUUCUUGGAAGUUGAUGUUGAAGUUGUUGAAUUGUGUUAUAAUUUGUUCAGAUAUUGAUAUUUUGGAAGGUGAUCUUGCAGAUUUGGUGUCGAAUUAGUGAGUUAGGGUUAGGGUUUGGAGUGAUUUGGGGAGAAGAUGGGAUUGGGUAGUCUUCUUCCUCCCACAGUUGGGCCACCGAUAAAACGGCGAGCAGGGCUUCGGAGGAAACAGGCAGGUAGAGGUUCUUACAGGGGUAGUUAGAAUCUGCAAAAGGGUAAAAAAGUCAAUUUAGUUUGUGUUUGGGGGUGGGGGUGUUUAGAGUACAUUAACAUAGUGAGGAAGAAGAAGAUGAUGAUGAUGAUGGGUGGUGUGGAAUUACACCAAGAACUGAAGAAUCUGUGUGUUAACAGUGACUGGAAGUAUGCUGCUUUUUGGAAACUCAAUCAUGGAGAUCGAAUGAUUUUGACAUGCGAAGAUGUGUAUUGCAACACGGACGACGACAGUUAUGCGGAUAAUCUUGUUGAAUUAGCAAUCGUACAGAUGUCUUAUAGCGUAUAUUCCAUUGGAGAAGGAAUCAUCGGGCAGGUUGCAGCUACGGGUAAACAUGUAUGGAAAUCCGGGCAUCAACUUGUCAACAGCCCGAAUUCUUUAGAUGGGCAUUUUGAUGAAUGGAAAACACAGUUUACAUCCGGGAUCAGGACUUUUGCUGUGAUGGCUGUUGCUCCAUUUGGGGUCAUACAACUUGGCUCUUUAAAAACUAUGGCUGAGGAUUUGAAGCUCAUGAACCAUAUUAAAGAGAUCUUUUCCCACCAACAAACUUCUUUAAUGGUGUCUACAUCUACAGACUCUUCUCCUUGUGUGACAGAAUUAUCUACAAAUUCAGGGCAUGUAAACAAUCACAAUAGAAGUAGAACAAUGAACAACAGAUGGAACAUGUCUGAUUUCAUCUGCAAUGAUCAAAAUCAAAACCUGUUCAUGCCCAUAACUUCUGAAACUGAAACCGAAGAGUCACUCAAGUUUCCUGCUGGAUGCGAGUUAUACGAAGCACUGGGACCCGCAUUCUGUAAUAGUUUCAAUUGGGACACAGUAACAACAACAACCGAGACCCUAACUGUUGACAAGAUGCCUGAAGAAACAAGCAGUAGCAAAAUAUCUGGCUCUCAACAUCUUUUGGAAGCAGUUGUUGCUAAAGGCAGAUCAACCAGUGGUUCGGGUUGUUACUCAAUUGACAUGGAAGCAUCAUGCAGAAAGGUAGUGGGGCCACAUGAACAAGUGGUUAAGGUCGGGAAAAAACGAGCCAGACCUCGACCCAGAGAUAGACAGAUGAUUCAAGAUCGUAUUAAGGAACUCAGGCAGCUUGUUCCCAAUGGAUCAAAGUGUAGUAUUGAUUCGCUUUUGGAACAAACAAUAAAGCAUAUGCUUUUCAUGCAAUGUGUCACCAAGCAUACUCAUAAAAUCAACAAAUCUGCUGACUUCAAGUUGGUUGGAAAGGAAAAGCAGGGUUCGAGUUGGGCAAUGGAAGUAGGGAAUGACCUAAAACUGUGUCCGAUAAUUGUGGAAAAUAUUGGUGUCGAUGGGCAAAUGCUGGUAAAGAUGAUGUGCGAUGAAUGUGUUGACUUUCUGGAGAUGACAGAAGCAAUUAGGAGCUUGGGUUUGACCAUUUUAAAAGGUGUGACAGAUGUCUAUGGUGAUAAAACCUGGAUGUGUUUUGUUGUUGAGGGCGAUACUAACAGAAACAUACAUCGGGUGGAUAUAUUAUGGUCACUCCUUCAGAUAUGGAACAUGAAGACGAGCACCUGAGUCUGAUAAUCUUCAUAGAGUGUUUGAUAGCUAGGAAUUUUGAUUCUGUUUCUGGGAAAUUUUUGUUCUUUUUAUUGUUAUUUAUGCAAGAUUGGUUGCUGGAAAUGAGUGAAGAUUGCUUCUUUUUCCUCUUUUGUUUGUUGUGAACUUGUAAACUUAACUUAUGAUUGAUUACUGUGUGGUUUGGGAAUAUAAAGUUUUACAGAUUUCGUUGAA